UGUUCCUUUAGGAAAUUUGAUCAUUGCACCGCCACUUCAGCUCUUCGGUUUGCAGCUGCGGACAGACAAAUCGUCCACAAUUAUCUGACAUUCGGGUCGGCACUGCAAAUGAGACUGCCCCGACGUGUGCCAUGGGUAAAUAUCAGCGAGCUUGAUCAGCUCUGUUCGUGGAUCUUCAUGGACGAAGGCGAUCUUGAGGCGAAACAGGUUGCAAUUAACAGACUAUCAGCAUGGAGAGCUGUAACUACAUUGCCUCACGCGCUGGAGUCUACUCUAUCGAUCUUAACCGCCCGGUUGAUCGAUUCUUCCGAAACCCCACAGCAUUCCUCCCGAUUGAGUAUAAGGCAGAACUAUGCCACUGCAAUCAUCCGGAUGGUAAAUGGUCUCGUCGAUCCUUUACAGGCGGGUGCAUAUGCGAGAUCUAUAGCAUCUAUCGCCGCCCAGCUAGGGUUACCUUCUUGGUUAGUGGAAUUGAGGCAUGCAGCCACGCACGAAGACCUUCCCAGCCUUGAAGUGCUCAGGGAAGCAGCACGGGAGUCACUGACAUGGCUGUUGCACAACUACUUUCUUCCCACUAUAAACCCUUCAGCUCCUAGAGUGCGCACGGCGACCCCUUUGCGACUAGUUGCCCCACUUUUAAAACAAUACAAGACACUGCUGAAACUUGUUACGCGUGACGCUUCCCUCCGCAAACAAUAUCAGCCAGACAUUGAUGCACUCAUGCGAGAUGUUGAGCGGUGGCUUGCAGAAGCUAAACUAGCUGCAGAUUUUGCGGCCGAUGCAUACGGGUGGGAUACCAUCGACGGUAAUGAUAUCGAACAAGAGGAUGCUAGAGAGAAGUGGGCUCUGGAAAGACUUUGCGAUGCCUUGGUUGAGAAGGGAGGAGAAACCUUCCGUCUGACGAAUUUGUGCCUCCUCACUCGUUCACUUGCGUUAUGGAUUCCGUUGUUGGCCCACGUACAAACAUAUCAUCCUACCUUCCCAUCUAUUCUGACGACCCGGAUUGUGGAAAUCCUUCUUUACGAGCAGCCAAGUACAGGAUUUGACAUGGAUGUCGUUUCGUUCGAGACAGAAGACUCACAAAAUGGCCCUUCGUAUCAUUUGGCUCUCGCGAAAUGGGCCGCGUGGGUUAUUAAUGCAUAUGACAACGGUCAGGAAAAUGGGGAGUUGAGUCUCAGGAAGAAUGUGAUUGUUCUAAUCGCUUCUACCCUUGCUCCUGGUAAGACAGAAGGGGUAAAGAAGACUGAAGUGUUGGCCACUCUCCUCGAGGCGGUGAGCUCGGGUUUUACGGAAUUGCAGAAAGCAUCCGAUAUGCUCCUUUCUGUCACGUGUCCUUUGAGACCGCAGCAAUGGGAUGCGGGUGAUCUGACAGUGAUGAAUGAACGGCUUCAAUCCCUAAUAUCGCUUGAUGAUGAGUCUCAAGAACACAUGACUUCAGCGUCCACUACAUCAUUGCCGGCGCAAGGUCCAGAAACAAGCGGGUGGAAAUUGUUGGACCAUCAAAGCAGCUGGAAGUCGUGUCCUAUAGGCGUUUACUGUCCAACCGUCCUGCAUUGAUAGUGUAGAUAAUCUCUGCAUAGCUAUCUCUUCUUACUUUCUGUCACAUUGGUCACAGUCACGCGCAGCUUGCUGCGUAUUAUUAACUCAGUUUCCCCGAUCGGUC